AAUGGCCCAAAGCUUUCGCUGCUUGAAUGUUUCGCUGAGGGCCAUUGAGAAGGCACCGGUCGUGAACGCACUUGCGCCGCCUCGGACAGCUUCCGGUUUUACCCGGCGGUGUAUCCAUUCAUCAUGUACCGUACAGCAAGCGCAAGCGCAGCUCGCGCACAAACCUGAACAGGUUCCGGAGAGGCAACGUGCAUACGUUCAACACGCCGACUCAUAUCCGCGCACGGCGACCCAUUCCGUAAACCAGCAAUACCCGCGACCGGACGCACCAUCGCGCGCUCCUCUCCUCGUCCAACAUUUGGAGUCACUGUUCUCUCCACUUCAGUUUCCUCAGGAGUUGGCGCGGCGGGUGCUCACGCACGCGAGUCAUCGAGAUGCGGUGAAUGGGCAUAACGCCCGGUUUAGCUUCAUAGGCAGACGGGUUCUUGCGGCAUAUAUGCACACCUUUCUCGCCUCCGCCCCUCGACCGGAAGGCAAACACGUCAACGCUGAAGAGGUUGCGGAACGCGUCUUGAACACCUACUGCCUCGGCGAAUUCGUGGGUGUCGACUGGCAGCUUGGCCGCGUCGUGCGGUGGACGCCUCCGGAAGCAGGUGCGGGUGCGCAUCGAGAGCCGGGAGACGAGUUCGACGACCGGAGGAGGCCACAGUUCGGUGAAGAUGGGAAGAAGGUGUGGAGAGGCACCGUCGGCUUUUACAAAGUGACGGGGACGACCGUAGAGGCAAUCAUCGGCGGCAUAUUCCACCAACACGGUGGAACGGCAGCUCGCCAUGUCUUUCAUACACGCAUUCUCCCUCGUAUUUUGGCCGCUCAACGUGUUCCCGUCUCCGCAGAUCUCUUGCGUCAUGCAAACGAGGUUUCAGUGAAGAUGGGCGGGCAGCCUCAAUCGAGAGAAACGGAACAGCCUGUCGAGCAAAGCAGUUAAAAUUAUGGUAGUGUGAGUCCCUGCACGAGCUUUCGACAGGUUUCUUCAGCGAGUGACUGGCUACAAGCAGAAUAUAGUCAUUUUCCUAGUCCGAUGCAGCCGUGUUAUCAUGCUUAAUC